CUCCUCCCCUCUCUUUCUCUGGGGUUACGUCGGUAUCUGGAAUAUUUUACCCCUCUCUCAGAAAAACAAAAAAACCCCAAAAAAAAAAAUUCACUUUUUUUAUUUUUAAUUUUUUUUGUAUUUUUUUGAUGUUGCUCUGUUGAAACACCACUCAGGAAAGGCUAGACAGAGAAAGAAAGAAAGGGGAGGGUGGGGGAGGAGAGAGAAAGUAGAAGAAAGAACACAGAAAAAAAAAUACCCAAAAGAAAAGGGCAUUUGUUAACACACUUAUCUAAUGUAAUAUUUGAUGAUUUGGGUUCAAUAAAAAUUUGGGGAAAGAAGAAAAAAUAAAGAGUAUCAUUGAUUUAUUUGACGUUUUUAGAAAGCUGUAUUUUUUUUUUUGAUAUUGGGAUUGAUUUAUUAGCCUUAUUGGGUGACAUUUGAUUAUUAGGGUGGUGCGUUUUUUGUGUUUUAGUGAAGAAAUUGUGGCUUAUAAUGGUAGUUUUGAGGGAUUUGCUUCAUGGGUUUUUCUGGGUUUUGGAUUUUCGAAGUGGGUUUCUGAAAUCUCUUUGGAUUAUCAGCUUUUACUCUGAUUGAGAUUAAAGCUGUUUUUUUUAGGGUUUUUGGAAUUAAUUUAAGAGUGUGUUUACUGUUUUUUUUAGAUGAUAAUUUGGGUGUUAUUAGGUUGAGUUGGGAUUUUUCUUUUUUAUAAUUUUGUUUGGUUAUUUGAGGGGUUUGAAGAUGAGAAAAUUUGAGCUUGAAGAGGGUGAAGCUUAUAUUGUGCAAGAUGAUGAUGAUGAUGAAAACAUUGAUCCUGAUAGGGAUUUCUCUUACAUUGACCAGAAGAUUGAAAAUGUCUUGGGACAGUACCAAAAGGAUUUCAUGGGUGGGCUUUCGGCAGAGAGCCUGGGUGCAAGAUUUGGGGGUUAUGGAUCAUUCCUACCAAUGCAACAACGCUCUCCUCCAAUUUUAUCUAAUCAGAGAAGCCAGAACCAUGUUAGUUCAAAGUCUCCUCAUGAUCUGCCAUCAGAGCGUUUCCAUCAGAACCCAACAGUUGCUGCAAAUGAUUCGCUGCCGGCUAGAUCUAUACCUGCUUCUGGUGACCAGAGUGUGGAAACAAUGUCUGAAUUAGGGAUUUCCUCAAUGAACAACCAAUUCAGAUUUCAAAAUUCUGGAGAGUUUGCUUCGAACCACCAAAAGAAGGAAUCAGUGAAACAUAAUUCUGAAAAGAAUACACUCAAGUUUCGAGUCAAAAUGGCAUCUGAGAAUAUUGCAUCUUUGGAUAAUUCAGCAAUCUACAGUGGCCUUGGUCUUGUUAUGUCCCCUUCUACCUCACCUGAGGAUAGCCCAUCAGAGAAUGAUGGGAUUUCAACUGGCUUGCAAGAAAGGAAUCUGGAAUCCCCUUCCGAUAUUCUCAAGAUUAUGACAACUUUACCUAUUCCGGAGAACGACCUACUUUCACCUCUUCAUGGUAGCUUGCUUUAUAUAAAGGGUAUGGAAAAGAACCUGGAGACUGGUUUACCAGGGAUGGGGGAAGCACUUCCUGUCAAUGUUGUUCAUGAGAACAUAUACUUGAAGGGAAAGAAGGAAACAAAGAAGGAUAGAAGAUCAAAGGUGAAGAAUGCAAGUAAGGUAAAAAAAUCAAAGCACAAGGAAGCAAGUGAGGAGAGGAAAUCGAAUUACAGAGCCCAAAUUCAGAAGCCUGUUGAAUUGAAAGAGAAUGUUGAUCAUCCUGCAAAUACUGCUGCCUUGAGUGCGACUGGAAGCAAAGAUAAUGGAGCAUUCAGAGUGACAGAUAAUGUCUCUAAUGCCUCCGUUAAUGCAGUUGGUGCAUAUACUGAAGAAAAAAAGCAUGCUUCCAUGAUGAGCAGGAAUGCUGUUUCUAAGCCCUCUACUGUGUUUGAUAGGAAAAAUGAAAUUGGGUAUUUGGGUGAAGACAUUGGAAACCCAAUGAAACCAGUACUUGUAGCUAGGCAUAAAGCAAAAGAGGAACCUAGUUCAGCAAAAAAGCAUGAUGCAACCGAGGAUGGGGUUGAUGCUAUCACCUUAAGAGGGAAAACUGAGAAAGAUAUAAAUUUCGUUCUGAGGAACGACUCCUCUACAGAAAAGAAAGAUGAAGUUGGCUGGAGAGGGGAUGAGGUGAAAAAGGUCUCCAAACAACAUAAUAUUUCUAAGGACAUUGUGAAAGGGGAAGUUCUCGAUUCUGCAUAUCUCAUAGACAAAAAUGUCAUUUUGGUUCCAAAGAGUGAGUCCAGUACAGAGAAGAGGAAUGAGGGUCGGAGAGAGAGUGCUGUGAACACCUUGCUUAAAGAGCAGAGCAGGGUGAAGGACAAAGUAAAAGAGGAACCUUUUGAUUCAGCAUGUCCCCUUGAGGCUGUUGUGUACAGCAAAGGGAGUGGAAUUGUAGAGACUGUUCCAAAAGAUGAGGACAUUUGUUUUCUUUCCGUGAAAGAUGACGAAAAUGAUAAGUGUAAUGAUAUGUCUCAGGAGAUGAAAUACGAAGAUGUGGAAACAUAUGAAACUAUAAAGAAGAAGUCACGUUCCAGGGAAAUGACACGUUCACCGACAGAGCAAGGACUGCCUAGCGACAAGGAGAAUUCUUUUUCUGUAGUCAAGAAGAAAACAAAGGAUAGUCGGAUUGGUGGUGUCCCUGCUGCAGAUUCACCAGGAGGUUGUUCUUCAGCUGCAAAACACGGGGAGGUCAUAUUUAAAAAAAAUACUCCUAAUAAAAGUAAAAAGGCUGACACCGAUCUACACAGGGAAAUGAGAAUGGAUAAUGAGGUAGUUGCUAAAGCAAAUUCACGGAAGAAAGGAAAAGAAGUGAGCUCAAAGGACUCUGUAAUGGGAGUUUCAGAACAGGAGACACAAUCAUUUAAAAGAAAGCUGAAGGAUAAGUCAAGCAGUAUUAAAACUAGUCUUGCUUCAAAUAUUGGAACUAAGGUGGAAGCCAAUCUCCCUGGUGUUAGCUGCACUACAGAAAAGACUCCUGUUGGUGAUAUGCCGUUAGCAGAGAAUGCUCCAAUGUUGACAGUAGAAGACUGGGUCGAAUGUGAGAAGUGUCAUAAGUGGCGGCUUCUACCUUUAGGCAUGAGCGCUAAAUCCCUCACGGAAAAGAUUUGGACUUGUAGCAUGGUUACUUGGCUGCCUGGGAUGAACAAGUGUAGUUUCAGUGAGGAUGAGACAACCAAUGCGCUGCGUGCAUUAUAUGUACCUAUCUAUCCUGCAUCUGUGGCUUUGACUGAUAAGCCAGCGGAUUUAAAUGCAAAUGCAUCUGUUAAUGUAUCAGCUGGUGCCCUAAAUGUUCUUCCCAGCCGGGCUACUAAUAUUGAUUCUUUGCCCAGUGGAGGCAAAAGGAAGAAUCUGAUGAAGACAGAAAUAGAUGCAGCUCGACAAAUUGGCGUUCAAGACUUGCAUAUUCCUGUCAAGAAGGAUCACCAGCGCUUGGGUGAAACUAGGAAUUUGAAGAAUCUGAAGAAACUUCCUCAGGAGUCGGAUUCUGUUCGGAAGAGUGGUGAUGGGAAGCUAUCAAAGACUGUAAGAAAGAGGCUGGCAGAUAAUGACGUCUAUGGAGUUCCUAAGAAAUUAAAGAGAGAGCAUCAACCUGUAGAAGAUUACGAUUCUGGUGCUCUGCGAGUUCCUCAGGGUCUUGCAAAGGGAAGUUCAAAGUAUCCCCUUGUGAAAGCUAAAGGCAGGACUCAGGGUGACAUUACUUCUAAGGGUGUUGAGAUACAUGACGUGUCUGGAAAGAAGAGAAAAUUAAAGGACAACGAGCAAAGAGUUCCUUCUGCAGUAGUACCCUCAGGCAAAGGAGGGCACUUGGUGAAUAACUUGGAUGCUGGGAAGAACGUUGGGAUUGAAUAUAGCAAGGAAAAGAAGUCAAAAUCAUCAAAUUUUCAGGGUAGGGAGAGUAGUGCUGAUAGGGGACAUCAUAAAACUCAGAGUGAUGAUGCUAAAUGUAAUCUUGGUGGUGCUGGUGUUAGUAAACUACACAUGGGAGGUAGGUCAGACAAUAUGCCUAUGAAUCAAUAUCAUGUGGACAGGGUGUCUCGAAGGACUCCUGGCAAUAGAAUAUCUUCUGAAAUGGUUCUUGAUUUGGGUUUGUCGGACAAUGCGACCACAUCUAGCUCUUCAAAAAUUUCCUGUAAAGUUAAAGCAAAAGUGCAUGAAGUGAAAUCCUCCCCAGUGGGAUCAAUUUCAUCCUCUCCUAUCAAGGUUUCUAAGCCUGAUCCUGAUAAAGGGACAAGCAAGAAAUCUGUGUCAUAUAAUGAGCAGUGGCUGAAAUCUGGAGCAGAAAGUGCAGCUAACGAGUUUACACCUCACAACGAAGGAUCUAAGGAUAGAAAAUCUAACCUUUCUAGGUAUUCUGGUAUUUUGUCUGAUGCAGCUAAUGAGGACCAUUUUGGUAAGAAAGUAUCAUCUGGAAGACAUUCAAGUACUCACGCGAUAGAUGCUCAACCCAAAUUUGAAGAUUAUAAGGAUACAAGUGGUAAAUUAGAUCCCACACAUGAGGGAACAUCAACUUCACUACAGAAUUUGGUGGCUGAAAAUCAGAUGACAAUGUCUCCAAAGAAGUCACAUCUUGAUGGAACCAAAUCUGAGAAAGGAAAGUCACAUGUUUCUAGGAUUGAUAGCGAAAAGGAAGUAUCAUCUAAUUCUCAUGGUGUUCCUGAAUUUGAGAUAGGUAGUGAUUCUAAUGGUGGAAGAGUCAAUAACGUUACUGGGAAGCCAUCCAGACAGGCGGCAGUUGGUCAUGUUAGCUUGAGAGAAUCACACCAUAUUGGGCAUGUGUCUAAUGACAUUGAGGCUUCGAGUUCAAGGAAGAAAGAUAGCUUCCAUCGGGCUGCUAAAACUGCUUUGAGAGAGGCCACAGAUCUUAAACAUUCUGCUAAUCGUUUGAAGGUUGCUGGGUCAGGUCUAGAAAGUACUGGCAUUUUCUUCCAGGCGGCAUUAAAGUUUCUUCAUGGAGCAUCUUUGUUAGAACCUGGCAACAAUGAAAGUAGAAACGGGGAGAUGACACCAGAUGAAGUGUAUACCAGUACUGCUAGAUUAUGCGAAUAUUGUGCCCUUGAGUACGAAAAAGGCAAUGACAUGGCCUCUGCUGCUUUGGCCUACAAAUGCAUGGAGGUAGCCUAUAUGAGAGUGGUUUAUUGCAAUGAUCUUGUUGCUAGUAGAGAUCGUCAAGAGCUUCAAAUGGCUGUAAGAGCUGCUCCUCAAGUGGAAUCUCCAUCAUCAUCCGCCUCUGAUAUUGACAAUUUAAAUCAGGCUGCUAUUGAUACAGUCAAGGAUGGACAUUUUGCUAUGGAUCAUCGAAGUCAUAUUGUUUCUGCUGGAAACAGGCCCAACUUUGUGAGGCUGUUGGAUUUUACGUAUGAUAUCAAUCUCGCGAUGGAUGCGUCCAGAAAGUCGCAAAGAGCUUUUGCAGCUGCAAUGCCAGUCUUUACACAGGCAGGAAAUGAGGAGGGCAUAUCUUCCAUUAAAAGUGUCCUUGACUUCAGCUUCCAUGAUGUCGAUGGUCUUCUACAUCUGGUGCGCCUUGCAAUGGAAUCGAUCAAGCCUUAAUAUUCAACAUAAAGCUGCAAUUCCAAUCAUCAGAGCAGUGCAGCAUUGGUUUUGAAAGGAGAGAUAUUUUUGGUGCAUGUAUAUUACAGAGCCCAAAUUACCCAUUUUUGUGGUGUAUGAUGUUAAGUCACUCAGUUGGCUCAGAGGAUAUAUAGGACAAAAACCAUAUCAUGUACAGAAGAGAAUGGGAAAUUGUGGAAGAAUUUUAGACAUAACUUAUUUGAUAUUCCUGGAAACCAGUAAGUUGAGGAGCAUGGAGUGUGUUCGUCGUUUGUAAAUAUACAGUAAAUGAAGUUAACUGAGGAAGUAGAACAUUUCACUUUUGAGGGGGGUUCAUGCUGCUUUUCUAUUUGCUAGCAGCACUUAAUUGUGAGAACCAACAGAAACAUGGAAUUGGCCAAUUUGGGUAUAUAUCUGAAAUCACAGUAUAGAUUAGCAUAGAUGAUUAUCGCUCCGCUGAUCGAUGGUUGCAUUGCAGGUUCGAUCAAUGAGUGCUGAAGCAAAAUUGAUAUUGGCAGCAAUUUUGGAUAACAGUAGAUGAAUACCUCCGGAGUAUUGUUUUUGGCCUUUUUUUCCAUAGCCAUUUUCCACCAUAUAUUGAUACAAGUACAUAAAAGGGAUUUUCUUUUUGAAAGUUUUUUUGAUAGAGUCAGAUGCACAUGUCAUAUUGAGUAGGUGUUACUGAAAUGACAUAAAUAUGUCUUUUUAUCUUAUAAAAAAUUGUGAGUGGGAAAGACUUAAGAGGGUUUUCAGUACAGUUUUCUGCGGCAGAGCUGAUUAUCAACUAAUGAAUAUAUAGUUCUCAAUGUUCCCCUCUCUAGUUAGGAAGUGUAAUUAGGGUAGUAUGGAAUAAAAUUGACCAUACUUGAAUUUGAUACUAGAAAUUAUUUUUGGAACAGAAAUUUUCUUUACAUUCUGUUUCAAAAUAAAUAUUGGAAUGCCAGUUUUGAUUAUAAUGAUAUUCCAAAUUUUGUUGCCA